GAUUGUGGGAGUAGAUGGUGCAACAGUGCCCAAGGUUGGUAUGAAGUUCAACGACGAAAAAGAUAUAUAUGAUUUUUACAAAAGAUAUGUGUACAACGUAGGCUUCCCAGUUGGAAAAAGGAAUUCGCAAAAGGAUGAUUAUGGAGUUGUGAAGUAUGUUGUGUUCACAUGUAGAAAUAGUAAUGCAACUGGUUCUUUGAAGCCGCACGCUACCAUUCAGACGGGUUGCAAAGCAAGAAUUACUGCUUCUUUAGAUGCAUGUGGAAUAUGGAAAAUAAACACAGUCAAUCUCAAUCACAAUCAUAAAACAAGUCCUUCCAAGUCAAAGUUGUAUCGUUGCAACCGAGAGUUGAGUUCCCAUGUCAAACGACGACUUGAAGUGAAUGAUAUGAUAGGGAUUCCGCUGCAUAAAAGUUACCAUGCUGCAGUUGUAAAAGCGGGUAGGUAUGAGAACUUGACUUGCAUAGAAAAGGAUCGUCGAAACUAUGUUGAACAAGUUAGGCGGUUACGACUUGGAGACGGAGAUGCCGCAGCAAUACAAACCUACUUUUCGAAAAUGCAAGGAAGGUGUUCAGGUUUUUACUUUACUAUGGAUUUAAAUGAUGAGUCGUGCUUGAGGAAUAUUUUUGGACUAAUAAUAGGAGUAGGCAAGCAUAUAAGGAGUUCGACGAUGUUGUAACAUUUGAUACCACGUACCUAACUAACAAGUACGACAUGUCAUUCGCACCUUUUGUUGGGAUUAAUCAUCACGGAAUGCUACUUGAUUGUGGUUUGGUGUCCAAUGAAAGUACGAAAACAUUUGUGUGGUUGUUCAGGACUUGGCUUCAGUGCAUGCAUGGCCAAGCUCCUAAGAGAAUUACCACCGAUCAAGAUAAGGCCAUACAAAACGCAAUUCAGAUCGUUUUUCCGAACACUCGGCAUAGGUGGUGUUUGUGGCAUAUAUUGAAGAUGUUGCCAGAGAAGUAUGGAUACCACACCAAUAAGGGUGUGAUUUUCUCUACUCUACAUGUGUUGGUGUAUGAUUCUCAAAUCGGUGAAGAGUUCGAAGAGGGUUGGGAAGCGAUGAUCAAUAACUUUAACCUGCAUGAUGAUGACUGGUUAUCUAGAUUAUACGCGAACAGAGGUCGUUGGGUACCUUGUUAUUUGAAAAACACAUUCUGGCCUGGAAUGUCGACGACUCAGGGCCAUGAGAGCAUGAAUGCGUUUUUCGAUGGAUACGUACAUUCGAAGACAUCGCUCAAGCAAUUUGUCCAAUAAUAUAAGCGAGCAUUGAGUAAUAAGGUGGAGAAGGAGUUUCAAGCGGAUUUCAAGUCCUUCUCGCAAAUGGUACCAUGUGCUACGAAGUAUGGAUAGAGAACCAGUUUCAACUAGUUUAUACGAUCUCAAAAUCUAGGGAAGUACAAGAGGAAUUUGUUGGGAAGGUUUACUGCGAGGUUUCUUCGUCGGAGGGCUGCUUGGGGACUACAUAGGAAGUAUGGAAGGAUGUCAUACGUGACGACUGGGUUGACAAGAAGAAGUCCUGUGUCACAUUUCAGAAAGAGAAUUGUGAAGUUGUAUGCAGCUGCCACUUCUUUGAGUUUCGGGGAAUAAUUUGCAGACGUGCAAUCACUGUAUUGCUCUGUAACAACGUGAAGUCAUUGCCUAACACCUACGUAUUACGGAGGUGGAGGAAAGACGUCGUCAGAGCUCACAGAAGGGUUGCAGUUAACUAUGAUGGUUUAAGUAGCACCCCGACACAAUUAAGAUAUGACAAGAUGUGUCAAUCAUUUGCUAGGCUUGUGAACAUAACUGCAGAUGAUGAGAAUGAAGUCCGAUCGAUACUGGAGUAGAUAGAAACCAAAGAACUAUCAGUUGGGAUGAUGAGGUCGAGUCGUGGAAGUAAUGCCAUGUCCCAGUACACGGAGCGAAUAGCUUCGGAGAGUGGAGCAUCACAGCAUUAUGGUAAAGGUAGCAUACAUGAUCCAAUAUGCUCAAAGAGAAAAGGCUCACCCAGGAAACUGCGAAGGAAAAGCGAUUUGGAAUCGAGUUCUACUAAGACAAAGGCAAAUUUGAGUUCGGCCAAGGAAAGGAGAUCGAAGGCACACCUAGAUCAAAUGGGAGACGGUGCACCAAUAAUUCAGUCGCACCAUCAAGCUCAGUACUACAUGCCUCCACCGAUGUCAUAUUCACAAAUCUUACUGGGUGGUGAGAACUAUCACGAGCUUACACAACACAUACAGUCGCCCAAUGUCAUUUCUCCCGCUUCAGCAAGUGUUACAUGGAAUAGUCAAGGGAACGCAAUGCCGUAUUACUAUCCGAAUGUGCCUGAUGAACACGGCGCAAGUUUCUGACAUUGGAUGAAGAGAACUACUGGAUCCGCGCAUCUAGCGAUGUAAUAGGUUAUGAGUGGUCGAAAUUAUUGAGUUGUAUGAUCUUCAACUUAUUGGUGCAAUGUUUAAGUGUUUUAAAUAAAAAAAUG